AUGGAGUUUUGCGGAUGGAGAUUCUGGCAUUCUGCACAGCCGCCAUUGCGACUAGCUCGGCUUUUUCUCCCGCGGCUUUCUCAAAUUCUGCUGCUCUUCUCCAUCGGCAUCCCUGGUGGCCUAGGCUGGCACAACUGGCUGGACCUUGCUGGAGUCCUGCGGCUGUGGACAAGUUGGACAUGGCAAACCUGCAAGGCUGGGCCAAUUCCAUUUUCGAUGAAAUGGAUGAUGGAGCAGAACAGAAGCUGUCCUUGUCUUGGCUUUCAUGCGGCAGCGUGUAACAAGCGACCAGUGGGUGAGUGGGUGGGUGGGAUGUGCAUGCGAAUGGGCAGCCCUACCAGGCGAAACCUACCGUGUCCAGACGAAAUGGCAGAGAGAUCUUUCGACAGUUACACCCGCCAGAACAGGGAAAGCAAGAAGGGCCCCUCAGCAACAAAAUAA